CGCAAUGCUCAGAUUAAUUGCACAUGCCCAAAAUGGCAGGACAAUCAGUCGCGAUAUGGUCUUUUUGGGAGGUAGCGUAAAAUAGUCAAAGAAGGGUUUGUGCGCGUGCCUCUGAAGGAGGGGGAUGGAAGACUCGUAUUAGAACGGACGGCUUAUGAUGUUUGUUUUAGCGCCCGUACCUCGCUUCCAGACAAAUGCCAUCGAUGCCUUAAUAAAGCCGGCAAUGAACGACCUAGCAACGCCACAGAUGGAGCCCGCCACAGCAGCGACGCUGUCUAAAUCCGCUCUAGGUAGUACAGGUGCAUGGCCCUCGGCGACACAAGCGACCCGAAAUUCCUGGAUUGACACGACCACCACCACUGCUCGUCCACACCAGCAGCAGCAAGCACAGCAGCAGCAGCAGCAGCCGCAAAGACCAACGUCGUGGUACGUUGGUCAGCCGGCUAUGCAACAGCCUGUGGAUGUCUUUGUUCCAUCUGCCCCCUUCAUGUCUCCACCACAACAAGCACCGCCUCGACAGCAGCAGCAGCAGUCUUCAGUGACCAGCAGUAGUUGCCAAUCACAGCACAACAGUGAGAGCUCAUCUACUGCAGGCAGCAGCAGUCAGCAGCAGUUUAACCACGGAUACCAGAACCAGCAACAACCGCAGCACAUUCAACAAGGAACAGCGCCGUCUGCUCAGCACCCCUGGGGCCAGUUGCCAUUGCAACCUACCACGUCUGCUGCGGUGCCAACCAAGACCGACACGCAGAAGUAUACACAUUCGCGAUCUCGAUCGGUGCCGUACUCCGUUCCACAGCCGCCGAUACAAACAGAGCCAAAAACAUCUGGUGAGCAGGAAAACUUGUUUGUGUUCGACACGGUCGCUGCCACGCCGACCAAGCAGCAACAGCAGCAGCAACGACCGGCACCGCUCACAUCACGUGUCUCAAUGGAUGCUGAUUCGUUUCAGAAACUCUCGUCCGCCAUUGACACUGGCCAAUCGCUCCUUCUGACCAAGAAAUUUGUUCCACCCAAAGCAUCAAACAAUCCGUUCGAAAGCGCCAUUGAGGAAUCCCCAAAGAAGGAACCUGUUACAGCAUUGACAUAUAGUCCAUUUGCCGAUGAUGUACAGCAACCACUACCGCAACAGCAACAACAACCAAACCAGCAGCAGCAGCAACAAAACCAAUCCAGCGCAGCAGCAGCAGCAGAUCCAACAAUAGCAUUUCCCGACACGCCACCGCGGCAAGACAGCGUCGAUUCACCGCAGGCCAGUGCGCCACCAUGGCCAAUAAGUAAAACAAACGAUCAUCCAAACAAACAUAACAUAUACCCACCGCCUGUUCCUCCACAAGCGACCAAACCCGCAUUCUUAAAAUACGCUCGCAAUGUAGUGCCGCCGAGCUAUCUUCGUCGAACACGUAGCUAUGGCACACGCGAUCGAGCGCCCAGUGAUCCUUUCAAUUCCAAUGAUACUACCUCCUUCAUAACUACCACUACUACUACUACUACCAACACUACGUUUAAUUAUAAUGACAUUGCAACACCAACAGCAUCUUCUUCAUCCACCGCAUCUCCAUUCUAUUCCACCGAGCCACAUUUCGGCACCAAGCUCUUCCGACACAGGUCAGAUGGAUCGUCCUUAAUUCGGCGAUGAUCGGCCUGAAUUGCAUAAUAAAAAUAAGAAACAUAGAGGAAAAAUCUCCUCGUCAAAUAGUAACAAAGGGCACGUGUUAACAAUGUGGAACGAUUUGACGUUUUUGCAACAUCCGGUUUC